GUGCUUUGAGGACCUUCUUAGAAAUUUAGACUUGAUAAUUUCUUUGGAAUUAUUAAAUAUUCUUUAAAACCCAUAAGAUAAUGCUUUUGCCUGUACAAACCCUUUGUGUUAUCUGCCAGAUUUAAGGACCACGGUACAGCUAUGGAUAGUGAACCAAACCCUGGAACAUCUUCUGUGUCGACAACAACCAGUAGCACUACCACUACCACCAUCACCACUUCCUCCUCUCGAAUGCAGCAACCACAGAUCUCAGUCUACAGUGGCUCAGACCGACAUGCUGUACAGGUAAUUCAACAGGCAUUGCAUCGCCCCUCCAGCUCAGCUGCUCAGUACCUUCAGCAAAUGUAUGCAGCUCAACAGCAGCACUUAAUGCUGCACACUGCAGCUCUUCAGCAGCAGCACUUAAGCAGCUCCCAGCUUCAGAGCCUUGCUGCCGUUCAGGCAAGUUUAUCCAGUGGAAGACCGUCUACAUCCCCCACAGGAAGUGUCACACAACAGUCAAGUAUGUCCCAGACGUCUAUCAACCUCUCCACUUCUCCUACACCUGCACAGUUAAUAAGCCGUUCCCAGGCUUCCAGUUCCACCAGCGGCAGUAUUACCCAACAGACUAUGUUACUAGGGAGUACCUCCCCUACCCUAACUGCAAGCCAAGCUCAAAUGUAUCUCCGAGCUCAAAUGCUGAUUUUCACACCCGCUACCACUGUGGCUGCUGUACAGUCUGACAUUCCUGUUGUCUCGUCGUCAUCGUCAUCUUCCUGUCAGUCUGCAGCUACUCAGGUUCAGAAUUUAACAUUACGCAGCCAGAAGUUGGGUGUGUUAUCUAGCUCACAGAAUGGUCCACCAAAAAGCACUAGUCAAACUCAGUCAUUGACAAUUUGUCAUAACAAAACAACAGUGACCAGUUCUAAAAUCAGCCAACGAGAUCCUUCUCCAGAAAGUGUUAGAAAAGGAGAAAGUCCAAGUCUGGAAUCACGAAGCACAGCUGUCACACGGACAUCAAGUAUUCACCAGUUAAUAGCACCAGCUUCAUAUCCUCCAAUUCAGCCGCAUCCUCUAAUAAAGCAUCAACAGAUUCCUCUUCAUUCACCACCUCCCAAGGUUUCCCAUCAUCAGCUGAUAUUACAGCAGCAACAGCAGCAAAUGCAGCCAAUUACACUCCAAAAUCCAACUCAAGAUCCACCCCCAUCCCAGCACUGUAUACCACUCCAAAACCAUGGCCUUCCUCCAGCUCCCAGUAAUGCCCAGUCACAGCAUUGUUCACCAAUUCAGAGUCAUCCCCCUCCUUUAACAAUGUCUCCUAGCCAGUCACAGUCAGCACAGCAGUCAGUAGUGGUGUCUCCUCCACCACCUCAUUCACCAAGUCAGUCUCCUACCAUAAUUAUUCAUCCACAAGCACUUAUCCAGCCACACCCUCUUAUGUCAUCAGCUCUCCAGCCCGGGCCAAACUUGCAACAGUCCACUGCUAAUCAGGUGCAGCCAACAGCACAGCUGAAUCUUCCAUCCCAUCUUCCACUUUCAGCUUCCCCUGUUGUACACAUUGGCCCCGUUCAGCAGUCCGCCUUGGUGUCCCCAGGUCAGCAGAUUGUGUCUCCAGCAUCACACCAGCAAUAUUCAACCCUGCAGUCCUCUCCAAUCCCAAUUGCAACCCCUCCGCAGAUGUCAGCAUCUCCUCCAGCUCAGAUUCCACCACUACCCUUACAGUCUAUGCAAUCUUUACAAGUGCAGCCUGAAAUUCUGUCCCAGGGCCAGGUUUUGGUACAGAAUGCUUUGGUGUCAGAAGAGGAGCUUCCAGCUGCAGAAGCUUUGGUCCAGUUGCCAUUUCAGACUCUUCCUCCUCCACAGACUGUUGCGGUAAACCUACAAGUACAACCACCAGCACCUGUUGAUCCACCAGUGGGAAUACAUUUGAACCAGUGUCAUCUGCACAAAGUUUUUUCUCUUAAGGUUUAUCAAGUGGAAGAUAUGUGUGAAGAGGAAAUGCCAGAAGAGUCAGAUGAAUGUGUUCGCAUGGACAGAACCCCACCACCACCCACGUUGUCUCCAGCAGCUAUAACUGUGGGGAGAGGGGAGGAUUUGACUUCUGACCAUCCUUUGUUAGAGGAAGUGGAAUUACCUGCUGUGGCAUCAGUCAGCGCUUCAGUAAUUAAAUCUCCUUCAGAUCCUUCACAUGUUUCUGUUCCUCCUCCUCCACUCUUACUUCCAGCUGCUACCACAAGGAAUAAUAUUACAUCUAUGCCCAAUAGCAUUCCCAAUAUAGAAAACAAACCUCCACAGGCCAUUGUUAAACCACAGAUCUUGACCCAUGUUAUUGAAGGCUUUGUAAUUCAAGAGGGAUUGGAGCCAUUUCCCGUGAGUCGUUCAUCUUUGCUAAUAGAACAGCCUGUGAAAAAAAGACCUCUCUUGGAUAAUCAGGUGAUAAAUUCUGUGUGUGUUCAGCCAGAGCUACAGAAUAAUACAAAGCAUGCAGAUAAUUCAUCUGACACAGAGUUGGAAGACAUGAUUGCUGAAGAGACAUUAGAAGAAAUGGACAGCGAGUUGCUCAAGUGUGAAUUCUGUGGUAAGAUGGGCUAUGCUAAUGAAUUUCUGCGGUCAAAACGAUUCUGCACUAUGUCAUGUGCCAAAAGGUACAAUGUUAGCUGUUCUAAAAAAUUUGCACUUAGUCGUUGGAAUCGUAAGCCUGAUAAUCAAAGUCUUGGGCAUCGUGGCCGUCGUCCAAGUGGCCCUGAUGGGGCAGCAAGAGAACAUAUCCUUAGGCAGCUUCCAAUUACUUAUCCAUCUGCAGAAGAAGACUUGGCUUCUCAUGAAGAUCCUGUGCCAUCUGCUAUGACAACACGUCUGCGCAGGCAGAGCGAGCGGGAAAGAGAGCGUGAGCUGCGAGAAGUGAGAAUUAGGAAAAUGCCUGAGAACAGUGACUUGCUACCAGUUGCACAAACAGAGCCCUCCAUAUGGACGGUUGAUGAUGUCUGGGCCUUCAUUCAUUCUUUACCUGGCUGCCAGGAUAUCGCAGAUGAGUUUAGAGCACAGGAGAUUGAUGGACAGGCCCUUCUCUUGCUAAAAGAAGACCAUCUUAUGAGUGCAAUGAAUAUCAAGCUUGGCCCCGCCCUAAAGAUCUGUGCACGCAUCAACUCUCUGAAGGAAUCUUAACAAGAUCAUGAGGCUUUUCGAUAACAGCAGUUUUAUUCUUCUUAAACAAACUUGUAAGGUAAAGGCUCAGGUUGGCCUAGAAUAUUAUCACGUAUUGUGGUGGAUAGCCAAGAACAUUGGGAUCUCCACAUGAAAAGCUGACAUUUCUUUUACAGAUAUAAUAAUUCAUCAUACAUUUUCAUAAUUAGCCAACAUUGGUGAAAUUAAUUUUACAGGUUACAUACAACAUUGAAAGACUUGUUAUAGAGGGCCAUGAUAUUUUUCAAAGAAACGUAUUCUAGUACUUUUUAAAAAAGUAAUGUUUAUCAUUAAUAUAAAGAAUCCUUUUAAAACUAAUUUAAUGAUUUACAUUUCUCUUUUGAUCCAGUUUUGUUAUACAUUUUUCUACCCUAUAAUUUUCCCAUAAGUUGUCAUUAGAGAUAAUUUAAGAAUAAUUUAGGAGUCCAGUGACUGGAAUUGUAUGCAGUGAGAUAUCAUUGUGCAUUUAAAAAAAAUGUCUGUUAGAAAGUUGUUUUGUCUAUAAAAAAGGGUUGCAUUCUAGCAAGAAUUACACUGAUCUGGGAGUCAAACAAGUUGGUUUCUAUUCUAAACUUGACCAAGAAUUUGGUGUAGCUGAGAACAUUGUCCUCUUAGUUUUUGUACAUGUAGACCAAUGGUUCUCCUGGAGAUGAGUUUUGCUGCCCUGGGGACAUUUUGGUUGUCAUAGCUGAGGGGGCUGAGGGAGGGAUGCUCUCGGUACCUAACACAUGGAGGACAGGGAUUGUAUAUUUCCUACAAUGCACAGGACAGCCCUCCACAACAGCUAUGCGGUCCAAAAUGUCAGUAGUACCAAGGUUGAGAAACUCUAAUGUAGGAGUGAUAAAUUAUUCUCUUUUUCACCCAGAGGGAUACAUUACACAAUGCAAAUAUUUCAGGUAGCAUCAGUGUUCUGCUGAAGUAUUUUCCCCAGUGUAUGCACACUUAGAAAAAGGGGAGCAAUCCAUUAAAUUGGCCGAUAAAAUAAGGACUAGCAUACAAAUAAUUUGACUCUUAAAAGAUAUUGAUUCAUAUUAAUUAUCUUUUAUCUCUGCUCUUCUGUGAUAAAAGGCAUAAUCUGAUUACACCUUAUGAACCAAUGUACAUAUAACCUUUACCAACAAGGCAAUAGUGUGUAGCAGAUAAACGUAUUUGGUCUUUGGCAUUUUUCUAAUGUUGAACAUGCUGGGUCUAGCUAGAAAGCAUAUUCCUUUUUCCUGACUAAACCCUUGCAUGCUUUCUGCAAAGCACUUACCAAGUGAUAUCUCUUGAAUGGUGAAGUCUAAUUUUGUAUGUACAUGUUUUAGGGGGGAAAUUUUUAAGUAAAACCUUUCACCAAACAGUUAGUGAUCUACUAGAAUUGUGACACCAAAACAAAAUUGUUUUGGGAGCCUUGAGAGCUUUAUAGUCCUGGACAUCAAAAAUUUGUUUAUUUUUUUUAAAUCUUAUCUCUAUCAUACAAUGAAAAUGUUUUAAUAAUUGAAGGAACAUACAUAGAUAUUUGGUAAAAGUGGAAAGAGUCUAUGGGUUUCAGUCAUUAUCACUGCUCUUUUCAAAAAGAUUGUGUUGACCUAGUAGAAGACUAAAGAUGUCAUUAAAGACAUCACAGAUAUUUAUCUUUUGGCUUUGUGUACAUUAGAGAAUGUUGAUUAUUUUUAUACAAAAAUACAGCGGGUAAUUUUUUUAAUCUGUAGAUGCCUCUUGUUUGAAUGUAUGCUUUGUGGGAUUCUUUAGUGUAGUAAUGUUUUAAAAAAUGAUGUUUACUGAUAGUUGCGUGUAGGAUUAGAAUGUGUAAUAUAGUGUAAGGCUCAUGUUCCAGACCUACAAUAGCUUGUAGUCCAUGUUACAUAUUUCUUUAUAUCACAUUUUUAAUUAUUGGAUUAAAGUUUCAAGGAAAGGUAGGUACUCUCUAGUCAACUUUCAUUUAUUAGCAUUUAAUCAUUGUGACAGAGUUGUCAUAUGCUUGACUUUUCCCCUCGUGUUGCAAUUUCAGAACUCAAAUACAGGCUAAGCACUAGUGGAAGAUGUUUCACUGUAUUGGGAGGGUGGGGGCACAAAGAAAAAUCUCCCCUGGAAUUAAAACUUUAGCAUAGAGAAUCCACACACAACUAAUGUAAAAUUAUGUGAGGAUAAAUUCCCCUUGCAAUAAUGACUGCUUCCCAUAACUAUAUAUAACCUUUAAGGGGUUAGCUUUGAACUGUGUUAAUAGGUUCACCUUUUAUUUACACCCUCUUCUAAUAGCAGUCAUUAUGUAGUACUUACUAAAAAGCCCCUGUGCCUGGCACUAUGUUAAGAAAGCUUACAAGAAGGAUAUCCAUUUGAGAGUACCUUAUAAUCUUAAGUCUUAUAAUAAUAAUAAUCUUAAGAAUAGUAUCAAAACAUACCAGAAAAUAUACUUGUUUUUUUUUUCAAGUGAGUAGUUUUAUUUAGAAAUGGCUCAUUUGCUUUCAACUAGUCACUCUCACCUUUGAAGCAGUUAUUUCUUUCAAGAUGAUUAAAUCAUGUUAAUAUCAGUUACAUAUAAUGGAUAUAGAUGAUGACACUGGGUGUGCACCUCUCUCCUGAGCUGUAAGCACAGUUUUAGUAUGAUAUAGGUGGGAAGAGGGCUAUUAUUUUUAUUUAUAUAAUUGUUUUAGGAUUUUGAUUGAGGGAAUGACAAGCAGAAAGAGAAGUUCUUCCUAUUUUUGCUACUUAAGUUUGUAUUUUCUGACUUGUUUAAACUUACACACUCUUUUUCCAUUGAGGGGGGGAAAACCUACAAGUUUGAAAUUUUAUUUGCUUUAAGCCAUGUGUUUCUAAGAAAGUAAACAAGCUAAGAGAGCUGGCUUAUAAAAAUUAUUUUUUACAUGAUGUGGAUUUUCAUCAAGUCUUGUGCAGGGAUGUGUCUGACACAGCUCUGCACUUUGAUGAAAUCAGUAUAAUAUGAGACAGACUGUCACUUUUUAAGUGGCAUUUAACUGUUUCCAGGAUGGUACUUUUAAUUUGCUGUGGCAUCAUCUAAACACUUUUAAGGGCUGACCUAGAAGUAGAGAAGGUGGAAUGGGAGGGAAAAAAUGUUAGUGAAGAAACUUGAGAAUGCGAGAGAGGCAAGAGGCCUGCCACUUGUUAGUUUAUCUCACUUCAACACUGAACAAAUUUCUGCACUUUUGAAGCUAAUAUUUAUGUUUUACCUAGUUUUAAAUAGAAAUUAUUUUAAGUAGCCCUCUUAGAACUGUAUGUAAUAUGUAUUGUUAUGCCCAUGCCUUUGAAUAAUUUUUUACAGUUAAUCUUCAUCUAGCCAGUGUGAAAUUAGACAUUUAUUCAGAUACCAGUAUUAGAUUGAAAUCUGUCAUAGUGCCCCAUAUCACUGACGUGUCCAAUUAAAUGUUUUAAGCCCUAUUAUUUGUAUUUGCAGGGUGUUGAUACACUAUGGCACAAGUGUCGUAAGGAGGCAAUAUAUAGAUUGUAUAUAUAGUCUUAGGUUGUCAGAAACUCAAAGAUUAGUUGUUUUAAUGAUCAGAAUUGAGUAUUCACUUUCAGAUGCCACAGCUGAAUCAAAGAAAAGCAUUUUUAAGGUUGUAUCUUAUUUGCUAGGUUGUCUCAGUGUAAGAAUUGGAUGACUAAGAGCUGUUUCUCUUUAUCAGUGUGAUUUUAAUUAACACAAGCCUACCUCUAUUUUUUGAUGCACAGUAGUGUGGAUCAUGAAGUAAAUAGUUUCACAUUAUUCACUAUCGGUAUUUUAUGAAUCUAUUUAGAACAUUUGAUUUCAUUUUAAAGAUUAUGAUUCAAUUUAGAUAAGCACAAAUACAGUAUUAGGGAAAGUAAAUAUGCAGUUUUAGCAAAAUUUAAUUUCAACCUAUUAAGAGCUGCAUAUCUUUAAAAGAAUUCUUUGGAAAGAUAUUCCUCUUUUGUUUUAAGUUCAGAAAACGUAUCUCUAUAUGAUUUCCUUUAUAGCAGCAAUACAAGCCAUUACAUCAGUAAAGAGUUAAAAAUUAUAUUAUCUUUGGAAAAAGUUUCCUAAAUUUUUAAGAAUUCUAAAGUUUUACAUAUAAUUUUUUAGAGCUUAUUUAAUCUAGCUUAAAAUAAUACUAUGAGAAAGCUUUUUUUUUGAAAGUUGUAAAGUACUAAUAUGAUGGUAAUUAUUGCCAUCAUAUUACAGAGCAAAACAUUUGGCUUUCUCUGAACUGUCACUUUAGUACACACAUAUUAAAAGGAAGUGGCCUCCCUCCUUUUCAGAUCUGAAGCCCACCUUCUCUAAUGAAAAUUGUCCCAUUCUACUCUUAACACGUGAACCUUUUAAAUGCGAUGUUUACGGAAACUUUUGGGAAAUGUUUCCCAUGAAUGUUUCAUGUUUUCCCUUUUUAUAGCUUAUGAACAUUUUAUUUAAAGAUGACUGUUUUAAUCUCAGAUAUUAGGAGGUACACUAGAAAAGUAUUUUUUUCUGUCUUUGAAAAGUACAACUGCUCUCAGUGAUACUGGUGGCAUAAAUAUGAAUCCAUAGAGAGAAAACCUGUGCAAAGGUUUUUAAAUGUAUUGUCUAAAAGGAAGUAUAGAAUGAUUCUUAAUUUGGAAAAAAUAAAUAUGAAUUUAAAACAC